UCUUCUUGUUAUCGGUUUAACCGUUCAGUUCACAGCUAUGUUGAAGUUUUCGAGAAAAAACCAUCGAUUGUUCGAAAUUGUUCUGGCCGUAGUUUGCACUGUGGUCGUGGUGUGUGAAAUGGUGGACGCAGCUGAUCGCAUCACCGGGACGGUUUUCUUCUCUGUGUUUCAGAGUGACCAAAAUCGGUGGAUCCCGUUGACCGACAACGAUGCAGAUUUUGUGCAUAACAAUUGCGAUCCGAAAGGGGACUUCGCGAUUAUAGUGCACGGGUGGCGCGAAGGAUAUUUAUCCGAGUGGGUGAACGAUGUGGCCUCUAAUUUUAGUACAUAUCGCGGUGGGUGCGUUAUGCUUAUGAGCUACGGAAACGACAGCAGAAUCAUUGAUUACUUCAGUGAACUUAUGCCGCACUUCAAUUCGCUGGCGGAAGCUCUAGCCAAUCAUCUACGAAGACUGGAGAGGGUUGGCUUCGAUCCUGGCCAUGGACAUAUGUUUGGUUUUAGUUUUGGUUCGCAUUUGGCACUAGAAGCCGGUCGACGGUUCGGAUUUCAGAAACUUGACAGGAUAGACACCUGUGACAAUGCUGGACCGGGAUUUGAUAGUGACACCAGAUAUUCGCUGCUGGACCCAAAGCUAGCUGCAAAGAAGGUACAGUGUAUUCACACGAGCGCCAACUAUGGGUCCAGACGUCGAGAUUGUCACAUCAACUGGAAUAUGGGCGUAUGCGGGAGGGAUCAGCCUGCCGCAGGACCGUUUCCAAAAGGAUCGCACGGUUUGUGUCCGUAUUUUUACAGCAGCGCGUUCACGCAUAACUUUAAUCCGAUACCCAAGCCGAAAUCGUGCAGUUCACACAAAUAUGCCCACAGCUGGCCACGGGGUCUGAGAAUGGGUUAUUUUUGUGAUAUGAACAGUGAAUUGUUUGGAGAGCUGUUUUCGCCAACGACAAAGUCAUUCCCGUACAACGACGACACCAUAUUGAACGAGGUGUAGUUGGGAAUAUUGAAAUAUAUUUUUCUAAUCUAUGAUGAAUAAAAUAAAUAAAAUUUAUUUUUAUACGUCUGCUUAAAAAAA